GCAACCUCUGCGAGUAAAUACGAAUAAUUAGACGGGGCAGGCCUGCGUUAUCGUGGUCUCCAGUUCAGAAACCCCUGGCCCCCCUGCCCCCGCCGUCCGCGAGCCCACUCCGGGACUAACAGGGUCCUUUGCUCGGUUGGUCCCCUCCCCGCACGCACGCACGCACGCACGCACGUACGUACGUAUGUAAGCACGCACACAUUUACGCACGCAACCGUAACAGUCUCGGAGGAAAACGAGUAUCGGUGCCCCGAUACUGGACUUGUGCUCUGUGCCAUGCCGUGAGCUGUAAAUCAUGGUCGCGCGCGAAACGUGUAAUAUCGCGAUCGUUUGAUAAUAAACGUCGUCGUGACACGAUGAUCGUAAGGAUGCGAGAUGUGCGUGGAAAAAACUGCCAUUAUGAGUACGAAAGCCAGCCAAUUUACCCGAUCUGGACUGACGACACAGUCCAGGCGGAUCGGAGAAGACAAACUGAGCGCAGUAAAUUCUAACACUCACGUAAUUGUCGGACGAAAUGGCACGCACAAGAACAAGAUAAUACACGUCGUCGGUCUACGUAGGCGACUGUUCGCUACAUCGAAAGCAACCACGUCAAAUCGAGAUGCCGCCAUGCCGAAGCGAGCAACAACAAACGUCUCUCGAAGCUUUCUUAUCAAUUGGCCUCUGAACUCCAAAUGACUUCAUCAACACCGUCGUUCAGUUGAAUCCCAGAAUUCCGAUACCGGCCUCUCGUCGAUUCGACUUACAACGGAAUACUGCAACUGUAUAUUAUAAUGUACUGAUUAACUUUUGUUUGUAAAUAAUUUUACUUUUAAAUGGGUACAAAUAAACAGUGUGCGAUAAGUUAAACAAAUAA